GUGCAUGAAUCAAUCUUAAGACGUCCCUGGGAUGUCACCCUUCCUUCUUCGCUACCUGGCGCUCUCAAGGAUGAUGUUAUGAUUCUCAUUCACAUCUGGAAAGCUCGUAAUUCCAAGAUUUAUGACCAUCGGAACUCCUCCCCUGCUGAAAUUCUUCGCCACAUCGCUGCUGAUAUUGAUGCUUGGAGUUGUAGAUAUAGGAGGCUAGCCGCGGAACUCCAUGCUUGGCAAGAAUGGAUUGUAACUUGCUAGACACCUCUCCAUUUUCUUCCUGCUCUCCUCAUGUAUUCUCUCUGCUCGGGAUGCCGAGUACUAUUUGUAACCGGACUCACAAGUUUCAAAUGAAAUAGUAGGUGGGAUCUCCCCCCAUAUAUUUCAAAAAAAAUCUGGAAACUUUUACUAAUUCGCAGUAAGCUGAGGUGCAAACACCAAAAAAAACUCGGGUAGUACGAGUGUACUACUACUGUUGCGGCAGCUGCGACCGCGACCCACCGCUCCAGAGCCACAUUGUGGGGUCCGCUCUCUUAAUGGCCCCACGUGUCAUGGCAGACGGGGGGCGUAUAAUUAGGCGGAGAUCCGGGGAUUAAAUUUAGGCGAGCGAGUUCAUUUCCCGGAUCCGUUUUCUCGUUAUUUUUUUUUUCUCUUCGUUCCUUCUCUGUCCUCGCUCUCGCCUCUCUACGCUGCUCCCCACUUUUUCCCCGCACCCCCGCAAAAAAAAAAAACACUUUUUCCCCGCACCCUCCCGCUCGCGCCAAUCUCCUUCCCCAUCUCCGUCUAGAAUCUUCGAGAACCUUCGGGGGGCGGAGAUCGGCGCCCCCGGCCGCCCGGCGAUGGUCUCCUGGCGGCGCAGCGCGUCCUGGCUGUCGUCUGCCUCCCGCUCCUCGCUCGGCGGCGCCGUCGGCGGGGUGGCGAAGGUCACGCCGGAGGUGGAUCCGGCGGCCCAGGAGGUGGUGGAGGAGGAGGAGGAGGUCGACGAGGAGCGGUGGUCGCGCCUGCUCCCGGAGCUGCUCACGGAGAUCGUGCGGCGCGUCGACGCCGGCGCCGAGCGGUGGCCACUGCGGCGGGACGUGGUGGUCUGCGCCUGCGUAUGCCGGCGGUGGCGGGACGCCGCGUUCUCGGUGGUGCGACCGCCGCUCGAGGGUGGGAGGAUCACCUUCCCGUCGUCGCUCAAGCAGCCUGGACCCAGGGAUGCACCGAUGCACUGCUUUAUCAGGAGGGACAAAAAGAACUCAACCUUUUCUCUCCACCUCAGCUUAACGCAGGCCCUAACGGAUAAAGGGAAGUUUCUUUUGGCUGCUCGAAGGUUCAGACAAGGAGCACAUACAGAAUAUAUCAUCUCUUAUGACUAUGAUGAUCUUCACCCAGGAAGCACUUCAUAUGUUGGAAAGUUGAGAUCUGACUUCCUGGGGACAAAAUUCAUCGUCAAUGAUAGCCAGGCACCAUAUGAUGGUGCUAAGCCUUCGAGGAGCCGAUCUAGUCGCUGCUUUGCAAGCAAGCAGAUAAGCCCACAGGUUUCAGGAGGCAAUUACGAAGUAGGACAGGUGACAUAUAAGUUCAACUUCCUGCAAUCAAGAGGACCAAGACGAAUGCAGUGCAGUAUCCAGUGCCCUGUAGGUCAGGGUACUGCACCAGAUCCUUUCAAGGAGAAAACACACGCCCCGAAUUCCUUAGAUCUAAAGAACAAAGCUCCACGAUGGCACGAGCAUCUGCAAUGCUGGUGCUUGAAUUUCCAUGGCCGGGUGACCGUCGCCUCUGUGAAGAACUUCCAGCUCGUUGCCACGGCUGGUUCUGGUGGACCAUGGGGCGUUGGAGACGAGGAGACGGUGAUCCUGCAAUUUGGUAAGAUAGAGGACGAUGCGUUCACGAUGGACUACCGUCAGCCUCUGUCAGCCUUCCAGGCGUUUGCCAUCUGCCUCACCAGCUUUGGCACGAAGCUGGCUUGUGAAUAAGUGACUCGGGUUGUUUACCUUGUUAUAUGGGUGCGUGGGGGUCAAAAUGUAGCUGGUAGUCUGAACUAGUUGCCCUGAGCUGGGAGAAAAAGGCGACAAGAAAGAGUGGGCACAUGUUGCCCCUAACUUGACGGUUUUCUUGUGAUCGCCUAAUGAUUUGAGUUAUAUCGAUGUGCGUCUAUGUUGUUUAUGAGAUGAUGACUUAUUUUUAUAUAAAUGUUGCCCCCCUUUUGGUGAGAUUACUCG